UGACCAGGUAAGGCGCGGCCUGGAGAGGACCACAGUUCACGCUCACACUCGACGCUCGUCCGAUCAUGAUGCACUGCCGAUGCUCGUCGCUGCUGCUGCCGCACCACUGACCUUUGGCACGCCAUGCCCGGCGCCCAAUGUGACCAAAAUCGACUUUGUCGAGGCGCACAGCCUGACGCUCGUCAACAGCCACUUUGACGCCGACCCGGUCAAGCGAUUCCCAUACCACCGUUUGCCCGCUGCUGCAGAGGGCGUGGUGCGCAGCAGCAUCUGGGACCUCUCGCUGCAGACCGCCGGAUUUGCCGUCGCAUUCGAGACGGACGCGGCGGUCCGCUCCAUCUACGUCGAGUACAACCUGACCCACGAGUCGCUCGGCAUGGUGCAUAUGCCCGCGACCGGCGUGUCGGGCGCUGACCUGUGGGCGCAGGACCCGGCGAGCGGCACGUGGAGGUGGGUCGGCACGACCGCGCCGAGCGCCACGCACGUGUGCCAGCAGCUCGCAGCACUCCAGCCGCCCGGCACCGCGGGCGCCGUCCACCCGACUCGCUGGCUCCUGUACUUUCCGCUGUACAAUGGCGUCUCCACCCUCCGCAUCGGCGUGCCGGCAGGCGCGGGCGGGCCGCCCACGCCGUGCGCGGGCGACUGCGGCGGGCUCGGGCUCACCUCGAAGCCCAUCGUCUGGUACGGCUCGUCCAUUGCGCAGGGCGCGUGCGCCUCCAAGCCCGGCGACGCGUACACCAACGCCAUCUCGCGCGCGCUCCGCCGCCCCGUGUCCAACUUUGGCUUCUCGGGCAACUGCUUCUUCGAGACCGACGUGAUGCGCUACCUGCUCGAGGUCGACGCGGCGGCGUACGUCGUCGACUGCGACCCCAACUCGGACGCGCGCGGCCCCGACUUUGUGUACAACAGCUCACUCGCCCUCGGCCGCCUCAUGCUCUCGACCAAGCCGAGCGCGGCCAUCGUCGUCGUCUCGGGGACCAAGGAGGGCGCCGUCUGGCUGCAGGGCGACGACACGGAGCACGCGCGCGGCAACGCGGCGAUCCGUAAAGCGUACGCGGCGCUCGCCGCCGAGUUCCCGCGCGCGCGCCUCACCUUAGUCGACGGCGACGGCAUCUACGCGCAGCAGCCCGAGGACGAGCACGUCUUCUGGGAGAUGACGGUGAUGGGCACGCACCCCUCGUCGCUCGGGAUGGAGCGCUUCACGCGCUUCUGGGUGCCGAAGCUGCAGAAGCUCCUCGCGCCCGCCGUGUAGAUACUUGUCAGAAUAUACUUGUCUCACGCUCGGCAGAAACUUACUUAGGGGUAACUUAGCGAAAAGC